CGGAAAACCUCCAUUCUCGGCGUUCCCUCUAUAUCCGUCGUCGAAGCUUAACUUUUGCCGGUAGACGUACCUACUUGAAAAGUAUCCUGGACCACAGUUUUAUAAGCUAGAUUCGUGAUCCAUUCGCCCCGCAACUCAAACCAAGGAAAUUAUAAGAGCUCGAGUGUCAAUAUAUUGGCUCCAUCUUCCCCAGGGAAUUUAAGCACGCACCAUUUCGCGAUACCCGUCUUUAAGGUACAAAUCUCAAAGGCACCCUUUCUUACAUCUCAUUACACAAUCGGAUCAUAUUAGUGCACGAUUGGGGAAAGCACUUGGGGAACCUUAAGGACCUUCUAUAGUAUUUGUGGACCAUAUCUUCGACCUGCUCCCUCACCUUCCAUCGUCUAAGCAUUCUACAUUCUUCACACUGUAGAAACAACAAACAACAGAAUGACCAUCGAUAACUCUAAAACUACGACUCCUGUCGGCGUCAAAAUGGAGCCUCCCCAGCCUGCAGACAACAAACCACAAGGUACGUGAAUAUCUUCUUUGACUGGUUCAAACCAUCUUCAAUACCUUCUCAAAUUAUCUCUGACAUAAAUCGUAGCCACUAAAAGCAGAAGAAGUGUACAAAACAUGAACCCAGUUGCGCUACAGAAAAAGAGAGAGAACGACCGCAACGCCCAGAGAAAUAUUAGGGAAAAAGCUCGAAACAAUUUGGCAACAUUGCAAAGAAGAAUCAAAGAUUUAGAGAGCGGCCAGAAUGACGAGCUGAAGAGACGUCUUUCCGAGUCGGAAAAGCUUAUUCAAAGUUUGACUGCGUUGUUGUUACGACAUGGCAUUAAUCCAGAACAAGCAUUGUCAUCUACUCCAGAGCAUUCAGUAAAGAUGGUUGCAUCUGAAAAGCAAGAUUUCUCUAAUGAAAGCAUUUUGGAGGGGCUAGAGAUGGAUCGGCCCACAGUGGGUUUUCAAGGCCAGCAAUAUUCUCCAGUCAGCCAACCAAUGUAUCCCACGAUUCCCACCAACCUCCAUCAACCUAUAGUACAGCCUCAACCAAAUGGACUCGGAUCUAUUCAAUAUAUGGGAUCUCCGCAGCAUUUGGAAUCUCACAUUGGAUCAUCUCCACUCGUUGGAUCCCCUCUAUCCAUAGGACAUUCCCAUCAUACCGUGUCUCAUACUGGAUCUCCUCAAAUCAGCUCAUCCCCACAGUUUCCGGUACCCCACUCCCUUCAACAAUUGAGAGCUCUUCAACACAUGGGACAACCUCAACAGGUACAAUUUAAUCAAUCUAUGCUCACCGGAUCCAUGGGACCCAUGUCACAUAUGGCGCGAUCUCAUCCCAUGUCACAUUCACAAUCCAUGCCACUUCACCAAAAUUCUGGAUUUCCAGAUGCUUUCUCGUCGCCCUGCCUGUCAGAUAACUCCCAUUAUUCUUCUCCAAACACAUUGAUAUGGGAUAAUGACGCCGAUGCCGCAUAUCGACAUAACAUAUCAAGUUAUCCGCCAGCCGUUGAGCAUAUGACAAUGGUAUAACUCUCGAUUCUUAUGUAACACCGUUUUUGGCAGCAAUAUUUAAGAAAAACCCCAAAAAAAUACACUAGCCAACGGUUAUAAGUUUUACGCUUCACGGUAUUAAUUCUCUGGGUAUAAGGAAAACGGUUGGAAACACGAACAUGGAAGGCGUAUAAAUGAGAUUUGGGCCAUACAAUUAGCUGUUGGCAUACAAGGUGGCAUAGGAUGGAUUAAAGGUGUUAGGAUGGAUGCCCUAUACCCCGACUAGGAUACCGCAAGACAGCUUUGUUUUGGUUGUUUCUUGUUGUGCUUUCUUUUCUUCAUGCUGGAUUUUAGGAGUUUGGGAUACUUGGUUUGGACAGGUAAGGAAGGAUGUUUAGAGUCGAGAAACGUUCUCCUCGUUGGGUUUGAUUAGGUUAUAGAUCGUUGUUUGUUAUUAGACACGCGACACAGCCUUUAAGUUUAUUUAUUUUCAU